CCAUAGGAAAACAGAAUCGGGGUGGGGAGGUUCUGUUUAUAUGUGUGCAUGGGUUGUUUUGAGUUUCUAUAGAAAUGGGUUGGAAGCCUUCCUCUCAGGAGUCUUCUAAAUAAAUAUUUCCCCACAUCAAGGUCCUACAUCCCCUAAGCAAGCAGCUAACAGGCCAGAAAGGCCAAUGAUUCAAAUAUGUUCAGAGCAAGCCAUGGUGAGGGGAGACCUAUUUUAUAUGUGCAGGAGUUUUAGUGAUAGACCCAGCUGUAAGAAGAGUUCAGACUGAUCGGUUUUCUUUCUGUAUACUAUCACAAAAGCAGAGCCAGGAAAUAUUUUGGUUGCCAAGACUAGUCUGAGAUUAGCCUCUAUUAAUCCUAACGAGGCUGUUAUCAUGGAAGUAUUUCCUAGAUAUCUAUUCCUAUGGAGCCAACAGAUCAUUACCAAAGUACCCUAAAAGGUCCUACAUUCAACUUAGGGGAGAGAUUGAAUAAAAAACUAUAUGUUCUCUGAUCUUCAAGAACUGAGUUGUGAACAUGCUUAUGGAAACACCAGGAGACUAAAAGAGAAUAGAAAGUAUUUUUUUAAAAAAUCACAUUGUUGACUUUGCCCCUUUUCCCCUUCAGAAGGAAGAACUACAGUACUAUAGGGAAAGGAAAUCUCUGGCUGAAAGCUGACUUGUCUGUGGCUGAAACCCAUAGUAAUUGUGUUUGUUUUGUUGUUUUCUUCUCUCAAUCCCACCCCUCUCCAUAUUGCCCCCGCCUUCGAAAGCCAACUCCAGACCCCUCUGCUGCCCCCAAAGCUGCCAGACUCCUCUUUAGCCUGCUCUCUGGCUUCCCUCGGUUCUUUCAUCUUCAGCAACCCCCACUUCAGGCUCCGAGGCAUCGUCCUGACUUUCCCCCUCUGCUUCCUGCUCUGCCAGCUGCUGCCCUCACUCGCUGCUGCCCAGUUUCUGCAGGGCUUCUUCUCCCCUGGGGGGAGGCCACAGCGCCAGGUCGUUUCAGAGUCUUACUCUGGACAGCCCUGGCUCUGCCCAUCCGCAAAUCUUGGGAGAAUCCACCAAACCCUACAUGGAAAGACGCCAGGCUUCUGGAAGAGGAUGGGACUACUUGGCAAACUAUGCCCCCCAUGGGAUCAGAGCGGAUGGAGAUGCGUAAACGGCAGAUGUCAGUGCCCCAGGAGACAACAGACUGUACUCCAGGCCAACACGAAGUGGGGAAUAGAGGCUCUAAUGCUUGUUGCUUCUGUUGGUGCUGUUGUUGUAGCUGCUCAUGUCUUACUGUUAGGAAUCAAGAAGAUGAAAGAACAAGGAGGGCUUCCCAUGAACUCAGAGCAGAAGGACUUCCAACCUGUGAAGAAAGCCCUACUCCUACUCUGGAAGAAGUGAAUGCCUGGGCUCAGUCCUUUGACAAGUUAAUGAUCACUCCAGCAGGAAGAAAUAUUUUUCGUGAAUUUCUCCGAACAGAAUUCAGUGAAGAAAAUAUGCUCUUUUGGAUGGCCUGUGAGGAACUGAAACAGGAGGCCAACAAAGGCGUUAUAGAAGAGAAAGCAAGAUUGAUAUAUGAAGAUUAUAUUUCCAUUCUUUCUCCUAAAGAGGUCAGUCUGGAUUCUCGAGUAAGAGAAGUUAUUAACAGGAACAUGCUAGAGCCAUCACAACAUACAUUCGAUGAUGCACAACUUCAAAUUUAUACUUUAAUGCACAGAGACUCAUACCCACGAUUUAUGAACUCUGCUCUUUAUAAGGACUUACUUCAGUCCUUAUCUGAGAAAUCCAUUGAAGCCUAGGAUUUUCAAAUGUAUUUAUUAUUAACAUUAACAAAAUCAACAACAACAAUAAACUCGUGGGCCACAUCUAAGGACAAAAAGUUUAGAGAUGAUAGUAUCUUCAUCUGACUUAAUACUCAGGCAUAUUUUAAUAAUGGACAUUGUUUCUUAUUACAGAGGGCUUUAAAACCACAAGCCAAAAAGCAGUGACCAAUCACUUUUAGGGUUCUUUCGAGAGAUGAUGGAAAAUAUGGCUUGUUCUUUUACAAAGAUAAUAUUUUUAUUCUUCUAAUUAUAGUAGCAUGUUCUCAAAGGCAAAGGCUACCCUUGUAGAAGGCUUCUGAUCUAAUUUACUUGAUACAAUCACUGAAAAAAAAAAAAGAAAAGGCAACAUUCGGACUUUUUGUGUGACUUACAUCAAUGGCUACUCUCCAUCCUAAAAAGAAAAGCUGUUCCAGCAGCGACCUGCUAACUCCAUUGGCACUCUCACUUUUGAAUGCAGCAUACAUUUGUGCCAUUACCACUUGGCACGUGAUAGGUUCAAAUUCACAUUUUAUAGCCAUCUUUUAGUAGAUGUGGAUCCUAAUUAUAAAGGUAUUUUCCUUCACGUUAGGAUGUAGGUAUGCAUAUACAUAUAUGUAUACACAAUGUCUAAGCAGUAUUCCCCUGAUAUAGAUCAAUCUCAGAUGUGCGGGCAAAAACGACUGGGGACACAUUGCUUAGAGAAUUCUUUUGUUGAAAAGAGUUAUUGUUAUUUUAAUAUCAAAGUUUGGAUAAAGAAUGCAUUAAGUUAAUAGUGUAUUUGUGUUUAUAAAAAUGGUAUCAACUGAGGUUGCUUCCAUUUUUAUUUUGGAAAGUGGAAACAAAAUAUGAACAUUUACACUCUAAAAAAUAAAGCACAAUGGUUUUGUCUCAUUA